GUGUUAGAUAACCUGUGUAAAAUGCUAUACUCAACCUCUGAUGGCACAAACCGAUUACAAGCAGAGCGGAACCUAGCAGAAUUGGCUGCGUCUCCUGAAUGCUUGCAGACUUGUACUUUACUUUUGCAAAAUGGAACAGUACCUUACGCACAGUUGGUUGCCAGUAGUACUCUUAUGAAGGUUUUGGGGUCUAAUACUGUUGUUGCAUUACAUCAGCGGCUUGAAUUAUGCACUUAUCUCUUGAACUACUUGGGUGAACGCCAUAGUUCGUUGCCUCAAUUUGUUAUAUCCCAAUUAUGCCAGUUGUUCGCACGAUUGACGAAACUGGGUUGGAGUGAUUUCGUUGUCGAAACACGUGCAUUCCCUUUUCGAGAUCCUGUGCAUAAUAUACUUCCAGAGAAAGAGGGUAUUUUGGCGGUACAGUUACUUGCACAUUUAGUUGCUGAUAUGAAUAUAGUAUCUGGCAUGGAUUCGGUGAGCAAGCAGAGAAAGACUGCUUCCAAUUUUCGGGAUUCUUUUCUUUUAAUUUUUUUCAAGCUUGCAAUCUCGAUGUUGGAAAAAAUUUUGGAUAAUGACUCAAAGGUAAUAAGCUGUCUUCUUCAAUUAUCGCUUAACUGCCUAACUUUCGAUUUUGUUGGCAGUAUGAUUGAUGAGACAGGGGACGAUAGCGUUACUGUACAAGUACCUACUGUUUGGCGAAUUGCACUUACGGACUGCAAGGUUGUCGAUAUGUUUUUCCGCCUUUUUAAAGUUCUACCUAUCGAGUUAACCUCUCGAGUGCUCUUAAAUCUUGUUCAGCUUGCUUCCGUUCGUCGUUCUUUGUUUUCUUCUGGUGAGCGUCAGACCUUUUUGAGUGAGCUGGUUAGGGGUGUCAAGGGUAUAAUGGAAAGUCCGGAAAAGCUGAGACAGCAGGAAAGUUUUCAUGAGUUCUGUCGGUUGGUUUCUCGACUGAAAAUUAAUUACCAACUUUCUGAGCUCUUGAAAGUUGACGACUAUUCAGUAAUGAUAACCAUGCUUGCCGAUUUCACAGAACAGAGCUUAAGGGCUUACGAGUUUUCUGCGAACAGUACCUAUUAUUUAUUGGCUUUUUGGCAGAAAAUGGUAUCAUCAAUGCCAUAUGUGAAGGGAACUGAUCCCCACAUGCUAGACUUGUGUUGCCCUAAAAUUACUAGAGCCUUUGUUGAGAGCCGCUUAUUGUUCGCCCGAGCGGUAGUCCGCGAAGACCCCCUGGAAGAUCAGGGCGCUCUUCAUCAAGUUCUAGAACAGUUUGCCAUUAUCUGUCGCUGUGAUUACGAUGAGACUGCGAAGCUUCUUUUGGAUCAUUUUGAUCGUGCUUUUAAUAAUUUGAAAGGAAUUACUAGCUCUGGACUCAACGAAGCUAUCGCUGAAAUGACGUGGCUACUGUUCUUGAUCGGAGGAGCAAUUCAAGGUCGCCAAGCGUUUAGCGUUUUUGAUGACCAUGACUUAAUUGACGGGAAUUUUUUAGCUUUGAAAGCUUUGGAAGUUUCCGACGAGCGUUUGGCAACUGGCGUCCCAGGCAACCUACAUCUGGAGGAAAGCUUCUUAUAUGUGUUAGAGCAGUUCAGGAGAACUUAUGUGUGCGAACAUAUUCAGAAAAUAAACGUCGUGUAUGAUGUUCUGGAAAAGAAUCUUGGUCUACAAGAUGAAAAUGCGUUGCUGACAAUUUUUGUUCGCAAAAUAAUUACCAAUCUCAAAUUCUGGUGGAGAGAAGAGCGUUUGAUUGAUGCAACGCUUGCUUUGCUUAAUGAGUUGUCACUCGGCUACUCGGCAGCAAGGCGUAUUAUUCGACUUCAAGAUAUCCAGUUGCUACUUAAUAACCAUACGGGUGAAUAUUUCGAAUUCCUAUCCUCUAUCGCAGAUCUUAGUGCAAUGCGUUCGAGAACCACAUUUUAUGUGUCUAUUAUGCGUCUUAUGUGUGUGGAUUUUAAUGAUGACGAAUCUACUUUCUUAUCUUUUAUGCAACCUUUAUCUGAUAACGUACAGCAAAUCUGUGACGUCUUCGCCAUGAGCUCGCCAACUGUUGACCAGGAGCAAGUGAAGUGUGCUGUCAUUGGACUUUGUCGUGAUGUACGUGGAAUAGCUAUCGCUUGUCAUAUAAAAUCUGUGUAUUCUAUGCUGUUUGAUUGGUUGUAUCCAAACGUCUUUAACAUAAUGCUCCGGUCAGUGGAGCUCUGGGUUGACUGUAGUGCAGUCAUGAGUGCAGUUUUAAAACUUCUCAUAGAGCUCUGUCAGAAUCGUCAGCAACGGCUGCAGUUCGAAAUGAGUUCUUGUAGUGCUGUACUCCUUUUCAGGGAAGCUUCAAAAAUUAUCUGCUCUUUCGGUGAGCGACUUUUGGCGUUACCGGAGGUUUCUCCUGAAAAUGCUUACAAAGAACGUUAUAAGCACAUCGCCAGUUGUUUUGCCGCUCUCAAAAUGGCACUCAGUGGCAGCUAUGUACCGUUCGGUGUUUUUCGCCUUUAUGGAGAUACAUGCUUGCAAGAUGCACUUUCUAUGUUUAUGAAGCUGUUUAUGGCAAUACCAACAGAAGAGUUUCAUUCGUACCAAAAAGUGACUCAGAACUUCUACUCAUUAUUGGAGUGUAUAGCGCAUGAUAACAUCGCAUAUUUGUCUAACGUUCAGCCAGAACUGUUUAUUACUCUUUUACGAUAUAUACAGCGAGGGACGGUUUCACUUGACGGUCUCGUUGUUACUGCAUCUUGUGCCACCCUAGACACUCUUUUGAAUUACUUGUAUCGAAGGAUAUCGCAAGAUGCUCCUCCUAGAACGCAUGUUGGAAGUGAACCUGAAGGAGAGGAGUGUAUUCGAGCUUUAAGGGCUAACCCGACAAUACUCCUUGUUAUGCUUGAUGCAAUUGUAUUCGAUGACGUCAAGUGUCAGUGGUCGAUGUCUCGUCCAUUACUGGGUCUCAUUCUUCUUCAAGAAUCAGCCUUUCAGCAGUGGAAGAUGGACUUAUUAGCCCAGUACCCUCAAGAAAAACACGCAAGAUUUGAAAAAGCAUUCACGGAUCUUAUGGAUGGUGUUGGUAGGAAUUUAUACACCAGAAAUAAAGAUACCUUUACUCAAAACCUUGUAAUGUUUCGCAGAUCGGCAAGUUUUACCUUCUGCUCCAAAUGUUUCUAA